AUGGCAGCGCAAUCCAACCUGCGCACCACGGCGGCCGAAGAUGCACUGGCGGCCUUUGUGGAGAGAUGGACCACCGUCAUACGCACCAGGCUGCGCGGCACCUCGCGGAGAACUCGGAUCCUGGGGACUCUCGCCCUCACCCUCUCCAUUGUCCUGGGUGUCGAGGGCACCCGGCGUCGCUGGAAGAGACAGCGCCUCGAGCGGGAGCAAGGCCGCAAGCUUGUCCGCACCAACUCGUGGCUGCACAACAAGGAUGGAUCGCGCACCAUUUAUGUCCCCUACAAGGAGGGCACGUCCAAGGUCACCAUCAACACGACCAAGCCCCUCACCUUUGAGGCGCACCGUCGCCUGUUUCUCAACCCGCCCCGCGUCUCCGGCCUGGGCGACGGGACCGUUCCCGCCGCGCACACUAAGCCGGGCCUGAACCUGGCCUUUCUGCACCAGUUUCUCAGCCUCAUGAGCAUCAUGAUUCCCCGAUGGUCGAGCAAGGAGGCCGGGCUGCUCUUGAGUCACGGCCUCUUCCUCAUGCUCCGGACAUAUCUGUCAUUGGUGGUUGCCCGGCUGGACGGCGAGCUCGUCCGGGAUCUCGUCGCCGGCAACGGAAAGGCUUUCCUUUGGGGCAUCCUCAAGUGGUGUGGCCUCGGAGGUUUCGCCUCCUACACCAAUGCCAUGAUCAAGUUCCUCGAGUCCAAGGUGUCCAUCGCCUUCCGCACCCGGCUGACGAGAUACGUGCAUGAUCUGUACCUCAAUGAAAACUUGAAUUACUACAAGCUGUCCAACCUCGACGGCGGAGUGGGACAAGGGGCCGACCAGUUCAUCACCCAAGACCUGACUCUCUUCUGCGCAGCCGCCGCCAAUCUAUACUCGUCACUCGGGAAGCCCUUUGUCGACUUGUGUGUCUUUAGCUUCCAGCUCUAUCGAUCUCUCGGGCCCCUGGCCCUGUCGGGGCUCAUGAGCAACUACUUCCUCACCGCGAGCAUCCUGCGUCGGCUCUCCCCUCCCUUUGGAAAGCUCAAGGCUGUCGAGGGACGCAAGGAAGGCGACUUCCGAAGUCUUCACGCUAGGUUGAUUGCCAACGCUGAGGAAGUGGCCUUUUACGGCGGCGCAGACAUGGAAAAGACAUUUCUGAACAAGGAGUACAAGUCGCUGAAGAGCUGGAUGGAGGGCAUCUACAUGCUCAAGAUUCGAUACAACAUCCUCGAGGACUUUAUUCUCAAGUACAGCUGGAGCGCGUACGGUUACCUGCUCGCUUCCCUACCCGUCUUCUUCCCGGCCUGGGGCGGCGUCGGCGGCGCGGCUGAGAUGGUGGAGAGCAAGGAAAGGGGGGGUCGCGAACGCAACCGGAUGAAGGAUUUCAUCACCAACAAGCGACUGAUGCUCUCCCUCGCGGACGCCGGGGGCCGAAUGAUGUAUUCCAUCAAGGACCUGGCUGAGCUGGCAGGGUACACGAGCAGAGUGUACACGCUGAUAUCGACCCUGCACCGGGUCCACGCCAACGCGUACUAUCUGCGAGGUGGCCAGAGCGAGCUGUACUCGCUUUCCGACGUGCAGGGGACGAUCCAGAAAGGCUUCGACGGUGUUCGGUUUGAGCAUGUGCCAGUGGUGGCGCCGGGAUUAUGGCCGCAGGGCGGCGAGGAGCUGCUAGACUCCCUGUCCAUGAUUGUUCGGAGAGGCGAGCACCUCCUGAUAUCCGGCCCCAACGGCGUGGGCAAGAGCGCCAUAGGUCGAGUGCUCGCCGGUCUCUGGCCCGUGUACCGCGGGCUGGUGAGCCGGCCCAAGUGCAUCGGGCAGGACGGCAUCAUGUUUCUGCCGCAGAGACCCUAUCUCAGCCCCGGCACGCUGCGUGAUCAGGUCAUUUACCCCGACGGCCACGUGGACAUGCGGGAGAAGCGCAAGUCGGAGGAUGACCUCAAGAGGAUUCUCGAAGAGGCCCGGCUCGGCUACCUGCCCGAUCGCGAGGGGGGCUGGGACACUCGAAAGGAGUGGAAGGACGUGCUGAGCGGAGGCGAGAAGCAGAGGAUGGGGUUUGCGCGGCUGCUGUACCACGAGCCGCAAUACGCCGUCAUCGACGAGGGCACGAGCGCCGUAUCGAGCGACGUCGAGGGGCUGCUCUACGAGACGUGCAAGGAAAAGGGCAUCACGCUCAUCACGAUAUCGACGCGGGCGUCUCUCAAAAAGUACCACACGUUUAAUCUCAUCCUCGGCACGGGCGACCACGGCGAUGGGUGGGAGUUUGAGCGGAUCGGGACGGAGCGGGAGAAGCUGCAGGUGGAGAAGGAGCUUCAGGAGCUCCGGGAGCGGCUGGCGCAGGUGGACGAGUGGAAGAAGAGGCGGGACGACAUUGAGCGCGAGCUGGCGGCCGUGUGGACCGACAAGGGGGAGGUGCUGGACGGGCCGGAGCUGGGUGAGGAGGCGGAGGAGAUCCGGGAGCAGGAGGCGGCCGAGCUUGAUGAGCCGGCGACGCAAGGGCGCGAGAAGCUCGCUUGA